AUGAGUGACGCCGAGAAAGUUCGAAAAGCUCGAAGACGGGCAAUGGCCCCAGGGGAUUUCGUCGAGAGAGGCAAAGACGUACUCGGACCUCAGAAGAGGUCUGGCAAGCCCUUCGACAGCAAAUCGAAGAAAGUCGAAGACAGCCUUGGACAGGCUCACGCCGCUCGACCGAAAUAUUCGAGUACUGUCCAGAGUAUUUUGGACAGAUCUGUCCUAGGGUCGGCUACUCCCCGAUGGAAGAAGAGUGGAAAAAAGCUCUUCGAAGAUCCACGGUUACCAUCGAAGAAAUAA